AUGUUUGGAGUUUUAGUCUCUGGAAGAUUACCACAGACAGACUGUCAACAAGUUGGUGAAACACAGUUUAUGUUUAAUAUACCAGAAGCUGAUAACAUUAACCAUGUUGUAGUAUUUAUGACAGGACAAACAGCUUUUCCUCAAAAUUUAGGUGGUGCAGUAUAUUUUUCCUGGCCUAGUCCAAGUGGAGCUACCUCUUGGAUUUUGUUGGGUCACAUCUCUAAUAAUAAACCCAGUGCAAUUUUUAAAAUUACCAAACUAAAAGGUAACUCUAUUUUAUAUAGUUCUAAUACCCAUCCAUUUGGUCAGAGUUCCGCCAGUCAUUUGGCCCAAAUAGGUAUAUCAGUUGAACCAAUAGAGCAAUUAGCCCAACAGACACCAGCAACAGCUUCAUCAGCAACCAAUGUCUCUUCAUUUGUUGAAUUCUCUCAGAAAAUGUUGGAAAACUUUGUGAAUUUUGCAUCUUCUUUUGCUGUGAAUCAGUCUCAAAUGGUGCCAAAUCCUUCGGAAACAUUCGUUCCUUUGAGUACCAUUCCAAAAUGGUUUGAGAAUUUCAAAAGACGUUUAGAAAAGAAUCCUAACUUUUGGCAGCAGUGA